AUGGCUGAUGUUUUUGCUCUGCUUCUGCAGUACAACCGGGUCUGGAUCCCCGAUAGCAAAGAGGUUUGGCAGUCUGCAGAAAUCACAUCAAACUAUCAGCCUGGAGACGGCGUCCUCCGCCUGCAGCUGGAAGAUGGCACGCCACUGGCCUACCCCGUGGAGCCUGGCGCCUUGCCUCCUUUACGCAACCCGGACAUCCUCGUGGGCGAAAAUGACCUCACGGCACUCAGUUACCUUCAUGAACCGGCCGUCUUGCAUAACCUCAAAGUUCGCUUUGUGGAGUCCAAGCUGAUUUACACCUACAGCGGAAUAAUUCUGGUGGCGAUGAAUCCCUAUAAACAGCUGCCUAUCUACGGCGAUGCCAUCAUCCACGCCUACAGCGGUCAGAACAUGGGAGACAUGGAUCCGCAUAUCUUUGCUGUGGCAGAAGAAGCUUACAAACAGAUGGCAAGGAAUGAUAGGAACCAGUCUGUCAUUGUCAGUGGGGAAUCAGGAGCUGGGAAGACCGUUUCUGCUCGCUACGCCAUGAGAUACUUUGCCACUGUCAGCCGGUCGACCAGCAACACCCAAGUGGAGGAUAAAGUGUUGGCAUCGAAUCCCAUCAUGGAGGCCAUUGGUAAUGCUAAAACCACACGGAAUGACAACAGCAGUCGAUUUGGAAAAUAUAUGGAAAUCAGUUUUGACAAACGGCACCAGAUCAUUGGUGCAAAUAUGAGAACGUACCUGCUUGAGAAAUCCAGAGUUGUCUCUCAGUCAGAAAAUGAAAGAAAUUACCAUAUAUUUUAUCAGUUGUGCGCAUCAGCUCUGAGACCAGAAUUUAAGCACCUUAAGCUGGCAGGAGCUGAGAAGUUUAAUUAUACAAACAUGGGUGGAAACCCAGCGAUUGAAGGUGUGGAUGACAAAGCCAACAUGAUGGAGACUCAAAACACGUUCACCCUCCUUGGUCUUAAGGAAGAUUUCCAGAUGGAUGUUUUCAAAAUACUGGCAGCUGUUCUUCAUUUAGGCAACGUGCACAUAUCUUCUGCGGGUGAUGAAAAAUCCUCCAUUAGUGUGGAUGAUAAACACCUUCACAUAUUUUGUGAACUGCUGGAGUUAGAAAGUGUCAAAAUGGAGCGAUGGUUGUGCCACCGAAAAAUCACCACUUCUUCUGAGACUGUCAUAAAGCCCAUGACCAAAGUCCAGGCUCUCAAUGCCCGAGAUGCUCUGGCAAAGAAGAUCUACUCUCACCUUUUUGAUUUCAUUGUGGAACGGAUUAACAAGGCACUGCUGUUCUCAGGAAGACAGCACACCUUCAUUGGGGUUCUGGAUAUCUACGGGUUUGAAACUUUCGAUAUGAAUAGCUUUGAACAGUUUUGUAUCAAUUAUGCCAAUGAAAAGCUACAGCAGCAGUUUAAUCUGCACGUCUUUAAACUUGAGCAAGAAGAAUACAUGAAAGAAAAUAUCCCGUGGACCCUGAUUGACUUCUAUGACAACCAGCCUGUCAUUGAUCUUAUUGAAGCCAAAAUGGGCAUCUUGGAGCUGCUGGACGAGGAGUGUCUGCUACCUCAAGGAACGGAUGAGAACUGGCUUCUAAAGUUAUACAACCAUUUUGUAAACAAGAACCCACUCUUUGAGAAGCCAAGGAUGUCCAAUUCCUCUUUUGUAAUCCAGCACUUUGCUGAUAAGGUAGAGUACAAAAGUGAAGGAUUUUUGGAAAAAAACAGAGACACGGUUUAUGAUGUACUGAUUGAAAUCCUGAAAAACAGCAAGUUUCAACUGUGUGCCAACUUCUUCCAAGAAAGUCCAGCACCGAUUUCACCAUUCAGCUCUUCAAUCAAAGUGAAGUCUGCAAAGAUAGUGAUUAAACCACCUAAUAAACAGUUCCGCACAACGGUUGGCAACAAGUUUCGCAGUUCCUUGUAUUUAUUAAUGGAGACGCUUAAUGCAACCACCCCGCACUACGUUCGCUGCAUAAAGCCAAAUGAUCAGAAGUUAGCAUUUGAGUUUGAUUCCAGAAGGGUGGUUCAGCAGCUGAGAGCAUGUGGCGUCUUAGAAACAAUUCGGAUCAGCUCUCAGAGUUACCCCUCUAGGUGGACUUACAUUGAAUUUUACAGCCGCUACAGCAUCCUCAUGUCCCAGCAGGAACUCUCGCUGGCCGAUAAGAAGCUAAUUUCCAAGACCCUCUUGCAGCGACUGAUCCAGGACCAGAGUCAAUAUCAGUUUGGAAGGACAAAAAUCUUCUUCCGAGCAGGACAGGUGGCGUACCUGGAAAAACUGCGGUCAGAUAAGCUGAGGCAGGCGUGCAUCAUGAUUCAGAAGAACAUGCGUGGCUGGCUGCAGCGGAAGAAAUUCCUCCGCCUCCGGCAGGCGGCCAUAACAAUCCAGCAGUAUGUCCGAGGGCAGAGGGCUGUACGACAAGCCAUCACAGCCACCGCUCUGAAGGAAGCCUGGGCGGCCAUCGUCCUGCAGAAGUACUGCCGAGGAUACCUGGUGCGUCGGCUCUGCCAGCUCAUUCGCGUCGCUGCCGUGACCAUCCAGGCUUUCACCCGAGGAUUCCUGGCGAGGAAGAGAUACCGGAAGAUGGUCGAAGAACAGAAGGCGUUAGUGCUCCAGAAAUACGCCCGGGCAUGGCUGGCUCGACGUAGAUUCCAGAACAUUCGCCGCUUUGUGCUGAACAUCCAGCUCUCUUACCGGGUGCAGCGGCUGCAGAAAAAACUGGAAGAUCAGAAUAAGGAGAAUAAUGCUCUGUUGGAAAGGCUGACUACUCUGGCCUCAAGUCACUCCAGUGACGUAGAAACCAUCCAGAGGCUUCAGGUGGACUUUGAAAAAUUAGCUGCAGAGAAAAAAACAGCGGAAGAAAAAGAGAAGAAGCGCAAGGAUGACUUUGAACAGAGGGUCUCAAAACUUGAACAUGACAAUUUAGAACUACAGGAAGAGAAGCAGCAACUGGAAAAGACUCUUCAGGAGAAAACAGAGGAAAUGCAAGGUAAAAUGGAUGACCUAACAAAACAGCUGUUUGCUGAUGUUCAAAAAGAAGAAAGGCAACGAAUAAUACUUGAGAAAAACUUUCACAACCAGAAGCAAAAUUAUGAAAAUCAGAUUGAGUUGCUGAAAGAAGAAAUAAAAUCCCUCAAAAAUGAGAACCAUCAGCUCCGAAACCGGGUCCAGGAAGAACAGCAAAUUCAAGAGGACUUCAGAAUGGAAGCUCAAGAACUGGCCAGCCAGGUGAAGAAAAUUCCUGAAUUGCAAAAAGAAAUUGAACUCCUUCAGAUGCAAAAGAUGGAUGUGGAGAAGCAACUGCAGGGCCAGAAGCGGGAAAUGAGAGACAGGUUGUCGGACAUCACGAGGCAGCUUCAAGAAAGCUAUGACUUUACAGACAUACGAAGCAGGUUGUCCCCUGAAGACUUGCAGCAUCUAAAUGAGGACGGGGAGCUCUGGUUUGCCUACGAAGGCCUGAAAAAAGCCACAAGAGUACUGGAAAGCCAUUUCCAGGCCCAGAAAGAGAACUACGAAAGGGAGAUUGAUGGUCUCAAUUCCAAAGUGGAGCAUCUCAGCCAAGAAAUAAGCCACCUGCAGAAGCUCUUCCGGGAGGAGAACGAUGUGAACGAGAGCAUCCGACUCCAGGUUGCGAGACUGACUUCUGAAAACGUGAUGAUCCCUGAUCUUAAGCAACAGAUCUCUGAGCUUCAGAAGCAGAAGACAGAUCUUGAAAGACACCUUCAAGAUGAAGCUGCAAAGCAUAAAGAAAAGGUGGAAGAAAUAGCCAUUCUGUUACGUCACCAGGAGCAAAAGGAAGGGAAAGAAAGAAGAGUAUUGCAAGCUCCAAAUGAAAUAUACACAAAGGAAAAAGAAAAGCUGUUGGACAGAAUUGAAGAAUUUCAGGAGUCAGAUAAUCACACGGGGAAGCAACCAGACCGAGAGAAUGAAGCCAAGAGCAAAAUGUGGCAGGACAUGGUGCAUCUCGCCAUGGAAAAUACGGACCUGGAGGAAGAGCUGGAUAAGAAGGACAGAUUGAUAAAGAAACUCCAGGAUCAGAUCAAGACCCUUAGAAAGUCUGUAGAAACAGCAGCCAACGGACUGUCUGUGUCACCCCUGCCCAAAGAGUACCUGGGGAUGUUGCAGUACAGAAAGGAAGACGAAGCGAGAAUCGCUCAAAAUCUGAUCCUUGAGCUAAAGCCCCGCGGGGUGGUGGUGAAUAUGAUACCCGACCUCCCAGCGCACAUCCUCUUCAUGUGCAUAAGAUACGCCGAUUAUCUCAAUGACGAUGGUAUGCUGAAGUCCUUUAUGAACAUGUCAAUCAGUGCCAUCAAACAAGUAAUUAAGGAACAUGCUGAAGACUUUGAGAUGUUGGCGUUCUGGUUAUCCAACACCUGCCACUUUCUUAACUGUCUCAAACAGUAUAGCGGGGAAGAGGAGUUCGUGAAGCACAACACCCCGGAGCAAAACAGGAACAACCUGAAGCACUUUGAUCUGUCAGAAUACAGGCAGGUCCUGAGCGAUCUGGCCAUUCGCAUUUAUCAUCAGUUUAUUAUCGUCAUGGAGAACAAUCUUCAGCCCAUGAUAGUGCCAGGCAUGCUGGAGUACGAGAGCCUGCAGGGGAUUUCUGGCUUGAAACCCACCGGCUUCCGCAAGCGCUCUUCCAGCAUAGAUGACACCGACGCCUACACCAUGACCUCCAUCCUGCAGCAGCUCAGCUAUUUUUACACCACCCUCUGCCAGAACGGCCUGGACGCAGAGCUGCUCAAGCAGGCCGUCCGGCAGCUUUUCUUCCUCAUUGGGGCCGUCACCCUCAACAGCCUCUUUCUGCGCAAGGACAUGUGCUCCUGCCGGAAAGGGAUGCAGAUACGGUGCAACAUCAGCUACCUGGAGGAAUGGCUGAAGGAGAAGAACUUGCAGAGCAGCUCCGCCAAGGAGACCCUGGAGCCACUUUCUCAGGCCGCGUGGCUCCUGCAGGUGAAGAAGGCCACCGAGGAGGAUGCCAGGGUGAUCUGUGAGCACUGCACAUCCCUCUCCGUGGUCCAGAUUGUGAAAAUCCUCAACUCCUACACGCCGAUAGAUGAUUUUGAGAAAAGGGUGGCCCCAUCAUUUGUCCGUAAAGUGCAGGCUCUGCUGAGCAACAGAGAGAACUCUGCCCAGCUGAUGCUCGAUACAAAAUACCUCUUCCAAGUGACAUUCCCUUUCACCCCCUCCCCACAUGCUCUGGAACUGAUGGAAAUCCCCAGCAGUUUCAAACUGGGCUUUCUCACUAGAAUUUAAGGAAGAAAGUGCAGGUUGUCGACUCGCUCUGUCCUUGAAGGGCAAAUCGACCUCUCUCCCGGAUUCUCCUUCCACAGCCAGGGCAAAAUAAAGCUGCUUAGUGUGGAGAGCAGGAAAUCAGGGCAGAAGCAAUGGGGGGUGGGAGUCCCUGUUCUGUGCUGCACCCCAAAGCCCAAUUUUAAGUCUUCCUUCCCCUGUUCCUAGAUCAGACCUUCUGCCCUGACGGAGCCUGUUGAGUCCUGCAACUAUGGCAUUCUGUUCAGGGUGGAUCUCUCGACUAGAAAGUAUUUCCUGCAAUGAAAGACAAAGAAGGCAGUUGUUGAUGAUAUUUUAGUACUAUAUUUAUAAUGCUGCUUUGUAAAUUUAUAUCCCUGUACCUGUAUUUUUGAAAGAAAGAGUGUGUGUGGAUUGUGGCACAGAGGCAGGUUGACACAGUACAGUCGGCACCAGGAGGCGUCGGAAUCAGGCGUUGCAAAAUAAAUCCCGCUUGGUCACAAUA